UUAUUAGCUGUCUAAAAAAUAUUUUUAUUUUAUUUGAUAAUGGAAAUAGAUUUUAGCUUCUACGAUCCAGAUGAAUAUAUAAUUACACAAUCAGGAAAUAAAGUUAGUAGAAAAUCGAUUUUAUGUGGGAGCAAGCAUAUAGUUUUAUUAGGGAAGGUCAUUAUUCAAAAUGAAUCUGUAAUAAGAGGUGAUUUAGCAGCUGUAAGAAUUGGGGAAUAUAGUAUUAUAUCUCAAAAUGUAGUGCUAAGGCCACCUUUCAAAAAGUAUCCAAAAGGCGUAGCGUUCUUUCCUUUAUACAUAGGAAAUAAUGUAUUUAUUGGUGAAAAUUCAGUUAUCAAUGCUAUUCAAAUUGGAUCAUACGUACAUAUUGGUAAAAAUUGUAUAAUUGGUAGGCGUGCACUAUUAAAAGAUUGUUGUUUUAUUGCAGAUGAUACAGUAAUUCCUCCUGAGACUGUUGUUUCAUCAUUUAAAAAAUUUGGUGGAUCACCUGCUCAAAUAGAUGAUGAAGAUCUUCCAGAAUGUACACAACAUAUAAUGACUGAGAAAACAUUAUUAUUUUAUCAUAAUUUUAUCCCAAAUACAAAACAAUCUCUAAAUAAUUGAAUGAUCAAGUUUCAUGCUUAAUUGAUUAACAAAUUUUCACAUUACAAUUACAUGUGAUAGAAUAAUUAUUGUAUCAAAUACCUACAAAGUAUUUAUUAUUAUAAGUACAUUAUUUUAGAACAUUUUUAUAUUU